CCGCCGAGUCAGAGACCAGCGUAGGAUCUGCCAGCGCGUGUCCCGCUCUCCAGUCAGACACGCUCACGGCGGCACCGCGAGCCAGCGACUGACUGACUGACGCGCGCUCGCGCGCUCUGCGGCGCAGCGGAAUGGAAUGGCGGAGGGGGGCGGCAGGUGCAGUAGCAGGAGCCGACGGGCGGGGAUGGGAAUCUGCCUCGCAAAUUCCGCUUCCCCCAAGUACGGAUCCGAUACCUUUAGCGACUGUGGGACGGGUUUGACUUUCAUCUCUUUCGGAUAGAGCGUCGUGGAAAUACGCAUGAAGAAAUACUGGCGCAAAGAAAGAAGUGAAUAUCAUAUGAUGAAUAUACUGAAAUAUAUAUUUAGAAACGAUGCAUCAUUUGUAAAGACAGCAUGAUUAACCGGAGCAUAUAUGUAUUAAUAUUAUUAAUGCAUAAAUGAUUUACCCAAUUACCUCCUUAAUGGAAAAUAAAUUGAAUCUGCAAGAACAGUUUUAUAAUUAGUCCGUAAUAAUUAUGGGGAAACGACCCAAGUCUGUUUGGGAUUCUGUAAUGACAGCUUAAUUAUAUAAAUAUAUAUUUUCAUAUGUAUUUUUGUUUAAUCUGCAUGCAUUUGAAGAGCACCGACUACAGCGCUGCUUUGCCAUCGCCGUUCAAUAGCUGGCGUUUCCUCGAGCUGAAUCACCGUCCGAGAGCCGCAUUCUGCCGUCGGAGCGGGGAUAUCCCGAUAAAAACUGACGUUUGAAGUGGAUACCAGCAGAAGAGUUAAGAAGACUGCUCUGGAACGACCGAGGAGAAGAUUUAUACAAGACAUCUUGACAGCAGUUAAAGAAUUUCUGGUCUGUUGUUCAUCCUUAUUGCCCACCUAUUCGUCGUUUCUCCGUCUCCGCAGCGCCUGCCAGGGUGGAAGCAGGUGUUACACGGAGGAGCAAACGAGGGGGACUGGAAAAGAUAUCGUUGCUUCAUCUAAACAUAUAAUUUUUAAUUUAUUUCAUUUUGGGCAUUUGAUCAGUGUUCUACUAUUUAAACAUAUACGGAAUUAGAUAUAGGUAAGAAAAAGGAAUAAUCAACCGGAGGAUUCAAGGAAUGUUGACGAGUCGUUCGAAGAGAAAGGAUAGAAAUGGGACCUUUUCAGAGCCUAGUGUUAUGAAAACCAGAGAGUAAGCGAUGUGCACUGCGAACAAAUAAUUUUUUUGUGAGUCGACAUAAGGGAGAUGACGAGUCUGUAUGUCCAAGAAAUAAGGCAAUGAGUGAUUCUGGGGGGAGUUGAGUGAGUGUGUGUGUGAGUGUGUGUGUGUAUGUGUGUGAGAGAGUGAGAGCGUGUGUGUGUGAGUGUGUGCGUGCGUGCCUUGCAGAUUAGAAAACUGAAGUGAGUAGCGGUUACGGGGAGCACAUUGUGGUCAGCUGCAGAGGGGGGGACACUACAGGAGUAUGUGUGCAGAUGCAGAGAGGGAUGGCGAAUUUGCACAAACGAUGGAUGUAGAAGAAGAUGGCUUUGCUCUGAUGGAGAUGAAGUUUGGGAGAUGCUCAGCCAUUUGUUACUAUGGACAUAUGUAGCUCACUUUCUCUCCGACUGGAUUUUCAAUUUUUUUUAAGCACUUCUUUUAUACUCCUCAUUUUCGGCCCCCCCCCCCUCCAUGGGAUGGAAGGCUGAGUAUUUGCUUUAGAUUUUUUUUUUUUUCAACGGAUUCAUUGAUUGGCAGUGAUUAGCCAAACAGAAAAACCACAGUUUUACUUUAUAAAGGAGCAGCCAAUCGGGAGUAACUACAUGAACAGAUACUGCAGAGGCACGGAAAUCAAUCUCACCUCUAUCUGGAUUACUGACGCUCACUCAGAUACUUGGAGUAUCUGAGUGAUACUUUCUCGUGAAUUCAUUUUGUUGACCUUGCCUGUGUUGGUGGCCUUUUGAAAACAUGGCCAAUGAAAUAAAUUCUGGGGAGUAGAAGAGAAGAAAGUGAAGGGUUACAAGCUCCUGUCUUUUCCCCGGCUGUCAGACAGCCCCCCCUCCUGACAUACAGGAAUCCCCUAAUCCUAUCCCCCCGAAAAAAAUACAUAGUAUAUUUCAAAAGUGAUAGACUUUGACAGGCUAUGAUGUCCUUCCUCACAACACUGUUGUCUUCAUCCUCCUGAAAAAUCGACGAUUCCCUUCACUGGACCUCAUUUUUGGUUACAUGCAGGUUACAUGUGAAAGAACCACACCAAGUCCCGCACACAGAAACACACACACGUAGAAUUCCUUUGUUUAUGGAUUCUAUCUCAACAAGAACAUUUAAUUCUUAACAGUCCAAAAGUUGAGACAGUGUAAACUGGAUGUUUUCUAUUCCACCAUAACUCAUAGGGAGAGAAGCGUGAAAAACAGAUCGGUGACCCACCUUUGUCAGACCAUUCAUUGAUAGUCCUCUCCCCCCCACUUGCUCUCAGUGGGGGGGGGGACACGUUCUCAGAGCCAUCCUGGGUAAUUGCUUCUGCGGUUAGCCAGGUGCGAGGCCCCUGACCAUGGACGCAGGUCAGGGCAGCCCGGAGAGCCCCAACAGGGCUGUUGAGUACCUUCUUGAGCUCAACAACAUCAUUGAGAGCCAGCAGAAGCUCCUGGAAACUCAGAGGCGGCGGAUUGAGGAGCUGGAGGUCCAGCUGGACCGGCUGAGCCAAGAAAACAAGGAUCUCCGCUUAGACCGCCAGCCCCGCGCAUCGGAGCCUGGCAGACUGGUCCACCAGAACCCUGCAGCCUCCACGGCCAGCCACACGGCCCACUCCCACAACAGCAACGCCAGCACCGGCCCGCCUCCCCCUCCCCCGGUGCCGGCCCGGGACCGGCGUGUGCACACCAGGCUUUCACGGGGACUCUCCUGUGGAUCGGCCCCAGUGGACAGAGAGAAAGACAGGGAGAGAUUGGACCGGACGGACAGCUCCAGCACCAGCCCAGCCACCACCCUGCACAGACAGUCAGAUGGAAACUGUUCCAAAAAAGCCAGGUCACCUCCUAAUUCCACCUCUUCUACUACUUCUACUACUCGUACCAAUCGUAGUACCACCACAACUACUACUGCUCCUUCUACUACUACCUCCUUCCACACCAGUCUGACAGCUAACAGCCACUCGACUCACCAUCAGUACUGCUGCCCUUCCCGGCUGCUCCUGCCCCAGCCCUGCGCCCUCCCCCCUGCCAGGCACUCGGAUCAGGCAAGUGUGGAAGGGGACCCCCCAAGCUCUGAAGUGGGCAAUUUCUCAGACCCCCAGUGCCAGGCCCCGUAUCUGCGUGGUGCCGAUCGAUACAGCGACGGUGGCGGGCUCCCAAGUACCCAGGGACCACCGGCGGCCCCGCCGAGCCCUGCUAGCCUGGCCUGGGCACAGCGGAGCCGACACCAGCCUGCCAGCCUGGCUCUCCGCAAGCAGGAGGAAGAGGAGAACAAGAGGUGCAAGGCGCUAUCUGACAGCUAUGAGCUCUCUACGGACCUCCAGGACAAGAAGGUGGAGAUGCUGGAGCGGAAGUACGGCGGUUACUUCCUGAGCCGGCGGGCCGCGCGCACUAUCCAGACGGCCUUCCGCCAGUACCGCAUGAACAAGAACUUUGAGCGGCUGCGCAGCUCGGCCUCAGAGAGCCGCAUGACGCGCCGCAUUGUCCUCUCCAACAUGCGCCUGCAGUACUCCUUUGACGAGCGGCAGCCCCAGGCACAGCAGCGAUACGCCGGCGCUGGUGGCCGACCGCUCGCCCAGGCCGGAGCCCCAGACAUGGCCGGUGGCUCCCCGCCCCGUGGCUCUGCUGACCGGCCUGAGUACACUCACUUGGAAGACUCCUUCUCCAAGCAGGUGAAGUCCCUGGCAGACUCCAUCGACGACGCCCUGACGUGCCAGUCAGGACGAGAGGACUCACAGGAGGGCAGCAGGGAAGGCGAGGGAAUAGGCGGGGUGGAGGGUGACGAUUUUGGGGAAUGCGUGUGGAGCAACAGCAGCAACCCUUUGUCUCGCCGGGGACACAGUGAGCGGGAGCGGGGUGGUGGCGGGGGCCUGAGCAUGCACGAGGACAGCACAGCCACCUCCUACAGCGACGUCACGCUGUACAUGGACGACGGGCUGCCGUCGUCCCCGCUCUCGCUGGACAGGGCCCCCAGCAGCACCGACACCGAGUACUGGGGCAUGGGUGGCGGCGUGGGCAUCCGCGAGGACAGCCGUGAUACCGAGGGCGGCGGCAGCAGCAACAGCCGGCGGAGCACCCCCUGCACGGAGUGCCGCGACUACCGGCUGCGAGGGGCCCACCUGCCACUACUGACCAUCGAGCCGCCCAGCGACAGCUCGGUGGACAUGAGCGACCGCUCCGACCGCGGCUCCCUCAGCCGGCAGCUCAUCUAUGAGCAGGAGCCGGGUGGGGGGGCAGGCUCACCCCAGGGCACCCUCAAGCACAGCCCCAGCCCCCGCACUGUCUCCACCGCCCAAGGCCAGACCCGUACCCCGGUCAGGCCUCACCCCGCUGUCCUCCCUGCCCAACUACCCCACCACGUCGCCACCCACCAUCACCACCACCACCAUCACCACCACCACCCACUACACCACCACCAGUACCCCGACACACCACCCUCCUCCGCCUCUCCCCAGCAGCAGCCCCCCACCACUCCCCUGUCCUCCUCCUCCUCUGCCCCCAUGGCCCCCAGCAGCCUGGAGCAGCCGUGCUGCUCGGACGGCGACAAUGACUCUCUCAACUCCACCACCAACUCCAAUGAGACCAUCAACUGCAGCUCGGGCUCGUCGUCCCGCGACAGCCUACGGGAGCCGCUGCCCCCACUGGGCAAGCAGACCUACCAGCGAGAGAGCCGCCACAGCUGGGACUCGCCGGCCUUCAACAAUGACGUGGUGCAACGGAGGCAGUACCGCAUCGGCCUCAACCUCUUCAACAAGAAGCCAGAGAAGGGCAUUCAGUACCUGAUAGAGAGAGGCUUUGUGUCAGAUACUCCAGUUGGCAUCGCCCGCUUCAUCCUCGAGAGGAAGGGGCUGAGCCGGCAGAUGAUCGGGGAGUUCCUGGGCAACAGACAGAAGCAGUUCAACAAAGACGUAUUGGACUGCGUGUUGGAUGAGAUGGAUUUCUCAGGGAUGGACCUGGACGACGCUCUGAGGAAGUUCCAGGCCCAGAUCAAGGUUCAGGGGGAGGCCCAGAAGGUGGAACGCCUCGUGGAGGCUUUCAGUCAGAGGUACUGUGUCUGUAACCCGGGGCUGGUCCGCCAGUUCCAGAACCCGGACACCAUCUUCAUCCUGGCCUUUGCCAUCAUCCUCCUCAACACCGACAUGUACAGCCCCAACGUCAAGCCCGAGAGAAAAAUGAAGCUGGAGGAUUUUAUAAAGAACCUACGAGGGGUGGACAACGGUCAGGACAUCCCCAGAGACAUGCUGGUAGGCAUCUACCAGCGCAUCCAGAAAUGGGAGCUGAGGACCAAUGACGACCACGUGUCCCAAGUGCAGGCCGUGGAGAGAGUCAUCGUGGGGAAGAAGCCUGUGCUGUCGCUGCCCCACCGCAGGCUGGUGUGCUGCUGCCAGCUGUAUGAGGUACCUGACCCCAACCGGCCCCAGAGGAGCGGUGUGCACCAGAGGGAGGUCUUCCUCUUCAACGACCUGCUGGUGGUGACGAAGAUCUUCCAAAAGAAGAAGACGUCAGUCACGUACAGCUUCAGGCAGUCUUUCCCACUAGUGGAGAUGCAGGUCCACCUGUUCCAAAACUCCUACUAUCCCCACGGCAUCCGGCUGACGUCGGCCAUCCCGGGAGGGGAGAGGAAGGUUCUAAUCGUGUUCACGGCUCCCAGCCAACAGGACCGCACGCGCUUCACCAGCGACCUGCGGGAGAGCAUCGCCGAGGUGCAGGAGAUGGAGAAGUACAGGGUGGAAUCGGAGCUGGAGAAGCAGAAAGGGGUGAUGCGGCCCAGUAUGCUGGGUGGAGGGGGGGUUGGGGGAGGUGGCAGCAGCGUGGGGGGCAGCGUGAAGAGCGAGGCUGUGAAUGGAACGCUGGGAAGGCCUAGCCUAGAUGACAGCUACGCAGCCGGGGAGGGACUGAAGCGGACUGCGCUCAGCUCUUCACUGAGGGACCUUUCUGAGACAGGGUUCCAUCAUUAGCAGCCCUCGACCACAUCAGCGCCUCCCCAUGGCAGGCGUGGUACCCAGCUGCUAUGGCCUGGAAGAUUACCGGCUUCACCGCCCCAUCCUGAGCCCCGGAGUGGGGGUGGGGGGUGGGCCGGGGCAACAACAUACCGCUGC